GCGGGAGUCUGCCUCACUGUGCACGAUGAAGCUGUUGCUGGUUCUUGCUGCUUUAGCAGCUGUGGCUUACGCCCUCGGCGGCCAAGGUGGUUUUGGUGGGUUUGCUCCAGGAGGACUUGGAGGGAUCUUUGGUGAUAUUGGAGGGCCCAGCGGUUUUGGAGGCGGCGGUUUGGGCGGUCCGAGCGGUUUUGGCAGCGAGCGUUUCGGACCUGGCGGAGGCGGAUUCGGUGAUGGCGGGAUAGGAUUCGGGGGCCUGGGCGGGCUUUUCGAACGCCGCGCCGCUCCGCCCCCCGAGGAGCGCAACGGGCAUCUUCCUUCUGCUCGUCGUUGUGGCUUUGGCAGCCGCUGCACCGAAUCAUCACAGGCGGCCGCCGUGUCGUCGUGGGGGAUUUGGCUGCGUCAUCAUUGAUCCCAUUUAUGCCAUAAACGCUACCACUUCUGCUUCGGCAACAGAUGGAUGAUGUCUGAAUCAUUUGAUCUCUUGAAAAACUAUCCUAAAUGUGCUCUUAAUGGAAAUAACUGUCUAUCUUAAAUAAAUGCAUGAUUCGUG